CGGGCGGGGCGGCCGUGACGCAGCCGGGCUGAGCGCGGCCCGUCCCGCGCCCCGCGCUGAGGGCCGGCACCGGGGCAGGGCGGGCGGGGCGCGCCUGGGCCGUGAGGGGCUGCGCACGGGCCCGUCCGUGCCUCUGGGGGCGCCUCGUGGGUCUGCGGGUGACGCGGGGUGUGUGGGGUCUUGGAGGGUGAACAAUAGGGAACGUUUCAUAGAGCGCCUUGUUGGAAGGGACUCACAGGGAUCAAAGUCCAGCUCCUGGCCCUGCACAGGACACCCCAAGAGUCACCCCGUGUGCCUGACAGUGUUGUACAAACGCUUCUUGAACUCUCUCGGGCUUGCUGCUGUGACCACUUCCCUGGGGACACUGUUGCAGUGUUCACCACCCUCGGGGUGAAACUUUUCCCGAUACCCAGUUCUGCAAACACCCUCGCGGGUGUUUCUCCCCAAACUUUUCCGUGCUGGAUUUAGGUGCUGAGCUCGGCAGGCCCGCAGGAGUCACGGUGCUCCCUGAGAAGCACGGGGGAGCCCAAGCCCGGAGAUCCGGGGGGAGGUGUCUGCAAGGUGACCGGCCGUGCUGCUGGCGUGCGCGCCUGGGCGUGUGCUCCCCGAGCACUCCCCGGAGAGCGGGGCGGGAGGCGGCCGGAGCCUUAUCGGGAAGGAGAAAAGUGGCUGGAAGGGGAGCGUAUCUGUGCGGGAACAGAAAUUGGUCAUAAUCCCAGCCAUAAAUUGGAAGUUUACUCUGGUGAAAUUGCAUAGAACUUCAGGAUGCUCUGACAGGAGCUCGCUUGGUGUGCUGUGUUUUUCUCGCACCGUGGUGAGACGUCAACAGUUGUAGAUUUUGUUUUGGGCGGGGUUAAGCCCAAGUGCAGCUACAGCUACCUGCGGGGCAAAGUGCUGCUUUAUCUGUGGUGUCUCUCAUCAGGAGUUUCUAAUGCAGCUACUGUCGGGCUGCUCCGUGUGUGAGUUUAGGUGGAUGUUCUGCAGUUCCCUUGCCCUCGCACACCUCUAGCUGUAGAAGUCUUAAAAGGGCCUGACACAACCGGUUUGCUUGACAAACAAUGAACUCUGCAAAGAGGCAUUUUGGGGGAAGUAAAAUGCAGGGGGAUCAAGGGGAGUAAGUAGAUAAAUACUCGGAGGGCAUGGCAUUAAUCCCUCGGCAGAAUUUUGGGGAAAAAUAUUUGGUUGUGAAGGAAAGAUGAAGUACUUUGGAGUCGGACACAUUUGAGCAAGUCAGUUCUGUAAUACAGCCUGAAGUUGAGUGUUUUGUGUGGAUAGGGAGGUCUCUAAAUUGGUCUAUGCUGACAUGGAUUCCUUGGCUUGCCGGUUUCAGAAUGCUGUGGGAGUUCUUUUGAUCUGCCAAUAGACUCUACAAGUGAAUGAGAACUUCUCUCUACAAAACUGAGGUGAAGAGCUUCACCAUGGGUCAACAGAUUUCAAACCACACACAAACUGUAAUUAACAAGUUGCCAGAAAAAGUAGCAAAACAUGCCUCUUUGGUUCAAGAAAGUGGUUUCCUAACCUAUGAAGAGUUUCUGGGAAGAGUAGCUGAACUCAAUGAUAUUACUGCAAAAUUGGCUUCUGGACAAGACAAACAUCUGUUAUUUGAAGUGCAGCCUGGGUCUGAUUCUUCUGCUUUCUGGAAGGUGAUCGUUAGGAUAAUAUGUACCAAAAUAAAUAAAACAAGUGGCAUCGUGGAAGCUUCCAGAAUCUUGAACUUAUAUCAGUUCACUCAACUUUAUAAAGACAUCACCAGUCAAGCAGCAGGAGUUCUUGCACAGAGUGAUACUUCUGAAGAAGCUGCUGAGAGUUGGAGAUCUCUGUCUUCGUGUCAGGCCAGCUUGUGGAUGGGAAGGGUUAAACAGCUGACUGAUGAAGAGGAAUGUUGCAUCUGCAUGGAUGGGCGUGCUGAUCUAAUCCUGCCAUGUGCUCACAGUUUCUGCCAGAAAUGCAUUGAUAAAUGGAGUGACCGCCACAGAAACUGUCCCGUGUGCCGCCGGCAGGUGACUGGGGCAGGAGAUUCCUGGGUGGUGUCAGAGGCCCCAACAGAAGAUGACAUUGCCACUUACAUCCUUAACAUGGUGGAUGAGGCUGGGCAGCCCCACAGACCCUGACCCUGCCCACCAGGCUGAUCGUGGCAGAACCACUUGAAGCUUUUGUUUUCCCCAGCGUCUGGUUUUACCCCUCCUCGCUGUUCUUCCACAGUCUGUCCUUUCCUUCUCCUCUUGGCUGCUGUGAGUCUGCGCUGCUCUCCUAAAGCACAGGGUGUCUGAGCAAGUCUCUGUGUGUGCAGUCCUCUUUAUUGAACUGUUCUUGCAUCAAACUCUUUGAUCAUUAACACAGUUUACUUUAACAGCAGCGUUUGAUAUUAAUUAACAGUUGAACUACUUGAUGGAGCAAUUUGUAACAGCACAACUACAACUGCAAACUGCUGUUUGAGCAUCACAGUGUACUGCUACAGAGAUGAACCGUGGCAGAUGGCUUGACCUCACAGUUCCUACCCUUAAAAGCAGUCCCUUAUUCACAACUAAUGUGAAUAAAGAUGAUGAGUUAGCACUAGUGGUUAAUAAUUUGAAAUUUUACUGUUGAAACUUGAAGAUCCCACUGCCUGUUCUUCAUUAUGAAGUUAUUGCUGCUCUUAGUGUUUACAGGUACUUAAUCUGAUCUGUUAUGACUUUUAGUAUUAAUUAUUUUAAAUCUGUUUUCGAGAGUGUAGGCAGGUCUGUAAAUGUACUUGUGCACUUCCCCUUAUUCUUCUAACAAGACUUAUCUCUUAGAAUAUUUUUUUAAAUAUGAUAUUUAGCAUAGUCUUAUUAGCUUGGAAACAUUAAACAGUUUCAUACACAAUCCUAAAAGCAGUAAAUCAGCUUCUCAGUAGUUUUUGAUAAAGAACAGCUAAAAUUAUUUCUAAACGUUGGGCAUAUCUGAAGAGAAUGCCUUUAUUUGAAUUAGCACUUAAGGUGUAGUUUAGUCUGAUGCUGUGGCUUUAUCUGCUCCUCCUCUUGAGUUUUUGAAGCGAUGAGAUCAGAGUUAAAAGGUAUACGAAGAGUUACAAGUGAUAAUCUAAGUAAGGGUGCUCUACUUUCUAUCUACAAGUGCAAUAUGUUUUUAUGUAGCAGAGGGAAACUUCUUUAACAGUAAUGUGGCUUGGAGCGAGAUGCACAUGGGACAGCUUGGAAAAGGGAUGUCUCAACUGGAGUGCAACAGUAUUUUGUGUCUAGCAGAAUAAAGUCUUUAGGAGCUGAGUUUAGACAGUCUAAAAUUGAUAGUAUUCAGGAAACCCAUCUUAAGCCUCUUGUGCAUAAAUAGUGUUAUGGAAAUGAAUGGCUACUGUAGAGAAUUAAUUUUAUAUAUAUAUGUGUAUAUUAACAAAUACUACUUUUUCUCACUCAGUAACCUCAAGUUAAAAUAUUCAAUUGUAGCAUUUGAGGGAAUAACAGCAUAAAUCUUGCUUACUGUGAGACUGCACUUUUCCUUACCAUACCUGUUAAAAUGCCAUGAUGCCAUAAGGCUUAAGUCCUUUUGUCACAGACAGGUUCUGAACUAAAAGGCAUGUGCACAUGUAGAUAUGCACAUUUAGGUUAUUUUUCUUAAUUGGCUACAAAAUAACUUAAUUACAUCAAUCUGUCAAAGAAUGUGCACAGAGUAUGGCACCUGUUUGAGCUUGGCUUGUGACACCAUUGUCAAAUUUAUCAUAGGUUUUAAGACAGAGAAGCAACAUACCCUUCAUGUGUCUGUCAUCUGAGAGCCAGUAUGGCUUAGUGUGUAAAUCUGUAUUUAGCUAUGGAAAAAUCCUUUUAGGAGUGUAUAUAGCUGACAACUCUUUUUUUUUUUCCCUUUCUUAAGCCAUUGAUAGCAAUGAGAUAUUCUUCAGUAAAUGUACAGAGUGUUUGGUUGCAGAAAGGCGGUUGUUGUUUGGGCUGGAAAUUGUUACUGGCCCAGGAUUUCCCACUAAAACAUGUGCAAAUAUUCCUGAUCAUGCACCAGUUAGGGUUUCUUUUUGCUUUUUGAGCUUGCAUUAGUCCAUGUUCAGAACUUUCAGAUAAUCUUUGAAUUUUUUAAACUUUUUAUAUUACUGGAACAGAAAGAGCAUCUAAAUGAAAGACUCAAGCUAACUUUAUUUUUCAAGUACUUCAAGAAUUAUACUUCUGAACUGAGAUUUUAUAAGUUGACUUUCUGCUGAGAACUUACAUGAACUUCUUAAAAUGUAAUUUUAUAAUGAUGCAAACAAAUUGUUAAUUGCAGCAUAAUGACAAUUACAAUAUAAACUAAUGCAAAAAUUAUUUAAAUAGUGAAAAAGUAAACUUUGUAUUCUGUACAGCUUUUUUAAAUUAAGUUGCUGUAAUUCACACUGCUGUGAUGUAGAUACUGUAAUGUGUGCCUUGUAAAAUAUAUGUACUGUAUGUUAUAUGGAGAAAUAGCAACUUUAACACUGAAAACCUAGUAAUUUGGUACUGGUUGGUAUUACUUAGUCUGAAGUACAACAUUUAGCAAACAAUUUUGGAAAAGGAAUCCAUUGGCAUGGAUAUGGCAAUGAGUUCCAGAAGCUAGACCUUGAAAAUGUGAAUUACUGCAAAUAGCUGUUGGUGGGGGGCAUUAGAAGAAAUUAACUUUCUUGUGUUAAGUGAACAUUUCUUACAGGUUUAAUGUGAAAUUGUAACUUAAACAUUAGAGAUGGUAUUAAUAGCUAAGAACAUUCCACUAUAUUAAACUUUGUGUAUGAAUUGUGCAAUAAAGUUACUUUGGAAGAUAUGUUAGAGUUCUUUUAAGCUUAAGGAAUCUCUUGGCUUUAGUACCACAGAAGUCUGAAAACUGAGUUUUGAUGCCAAUACAAUUGCAUUGUACAGGUGGUGUGGUUAAAAGUGUGGCGCUGUGAGUCAGAGCUCUCUUAAACUUUGAAGGGUUGUAUCAACAAGGUACCUCAAUGCAGCUCUGCAAAAAAGAAAAAACUGGCUCUGAUUUGACCUCUUCUAGGUACACAAAUAAAUUGGAACAUUUUGAGAUUAUGGGAAAAAUUAAACAACUCUAA